AUGAGUCGUCGUUCGGCAAUAUCCAUCAAGUUCGAACCAAGGAUUAGUUUGCCCGAUGAACUACUCCGAGAAACACGUCGAGGUUUGGUAAUGGAAACGAGUUCAAUGGUCGAUGAUAUGGAUGCUGCGGACGAAAGAGCGUUUUCAUCGCUUCUGGAGGACGGUUCUGGAAGCAGCGACAGAUCAAAGUUAACAUUAGAAUUAGCGAAAGAGCUUCUCAUGAAGGAUAGUGUAGGUCGCAAUGCAGAUACCCUGAUGAAGUUACGUAGCGAAACGGAAGGCAUGUGGCCGCCGAGCGAUUUGGAAAAGACAGGUGAUGGCAGCACCGAAGAGCAGGAUAAACUGGCAGUUUUGCGUGUGGGUUCACCCGAAUCAUCGGGCAGCAGUCGUCCACAACUCUCGCCUACUUCUGCUGAAGCCCGAACAUUAAUCAACCCUUUCAAGCCAGAGCAGUUCAGUGGUAAUGCUUUUCUUGUUAUUUUAUAA